AUGGUCCCCGAGACACAUUUGCUCCAAGCUCCAGUGACGCAACUAAGUCUCGCAGUGUCGUUCAACUUCGCCUUGUCAUACCAAAAUCCGUCAGAAGUGUCUCGCCACACUCGCCGAGCCUCUAACGACGUCCACGACGCUUACGACCUUUCAACGUUUACGAAUUUCCCGCGGCAGCACCAGCAACCAUCUGUACCUCGUCCUUCAUCCUCCCACUCAGCUGAUUUUCGUCCUUCAUCCCCAACUGGAUCCCAGCGUACCUUGCGCAGAACCCGCCGCCAUCCCGAUAGUGCUCAAUUGGGACAUCGUAGAGCGUUCUCACUAGACCAGACAAGACAACCUGCAUACCACCCUCCGGCGCAAUCACGAUCACGUCUGCCUACCGCACACCGAGAUCCAGAUCGUAGCGUCACCUCACUUCGUCCAGCCCACUCAGAAGCACAAACGGAUGAGAACGGUUCGACAGUCGACGACCCUUAUCAGUUGUUGAAUACCUCUUACUGGCCGCUCAGAACUACCGGAGUCUCAUCUCGCACUGCCUCCGCAAUACUCUUUGCCCUUGAGGACGCCAUCCGUCGCCCGAUACCUUUCACCUUCGAUUGGGAAGAAGUGAAUGCUUCUAUGUCAGAUAUGGUAGGCGUGGCUGGUCCUGCUGGACCCAUGGGUAACGGCCGAGUGCAGAACGGAGCGUCCCGUGCACCCCCAGCUCCAAUGCAGGUACCCACACAACCUCCCAGUGGAGUAAGAACACCAACAGACAUCAUGCGACAGCGUCGAGAUCGCGAGGCACGUCGGAAAGCAGAGCAGGAGGCCCGCGAUCGAGAACAGGAGGACUUGGAAAGACAGCAAUUGGAGCAGGAGCAGGCUGCUGUGGUGCAGGCUCAGGCUCGAGCUCAGGCUCGAGCUCAGGCCCAACAACAGCUUACUGCUAAUGCUGGUGCUGGUGCUGGUGCUGGUGCUGCCAGCGACUCGGUUUCCCAGCGUCGUGCACGCCCUCAACGUGUACUCAGGGACCCAGAAACUCAAUUCGAUGCUGCUCCCGCCCCUGGUACUGCACCAGGUGCUGCGACUAAUUUUCGGGCUACUGCUCCAGCUGCGCAGGUCGGUGGAAGAUCUGCUUAUCCUAAUCAACCGCAUCUUUCUUCGAGUCAGCCGCAGCUUGGCUCGGGUAUACCGCAGGGACGGCCUCAGAGCGCUACUGCGGCUGGUACUGGUGACCCAACGGGAACCAGUGGAUUUUCCAAGCCUGCCCAACCUCCUCCUGGUCAGCAGGGUACUCUUCAGCAACCACAGCGUGUCUCUUUCCCGCAUGCUUUCGAACGAUGGGAAACACUUUCCUCUCACUGGGAAGGAUUGACGAGUUACUGGGUUCGGAAAAUGGAAGAAAAUAAGGACGAUGUGCAAUCGGAUCCGAUCAGUAAACAGCUUGCCCGCCAGAUUACCGACUUGUCAGCUGCUGGGGCGAACUUGUUCCAUGCUGUGGUUGAGUUACAGCGUUUGCGUGCGUCCUCUGAACGCAAGUUCCAACGGUGGUUCUUCGACACACGCUCCGAGCAAGAACGUGCCAAGGAAGUACAAGCGGACCUUGAGAGACAGCUUAAGAGUGAGCGCCAAGGUCACGCAGAUGCAUUUGCUGCUGCCCAAAAUGCCGAGAAGGACAAGUCUCGUGCGGAGGACUUGCUCCGCGAAAUGCGUCGCGAACUUCAGAUCUCCAAAGAGGAGGCCCGUCGCGCAUGGGAAGAGCUCGGUCGUCGGGAGCAAGAAGAGCGAGACCGAACGAACUCUCUCCGAAACGGAGAGCCUACUUUAGUUGGUGGUGUCCAAGUUGUUCCAAUGGUCACAGGUGCCUCAAAUCGCAACACUCGUCCACCAACCCGCGAAGGCCAAUACACCGGUGGCCCACCAGCUACCAAUUACCAGGCCGAUCCCGACCCAGCCACAGCCCAGCAGUACUAUGACGAAGUCCCAAUGUCACCUACCGGCUCUGAUCCUUUCAUCGAGACACAAAAGGCUCAACCCACCACAAACCCAGGCUCAAGCAAAGCCCCAUAUACAGAACCCGUGUACGCCCACGAAAACACCGCCCCCUACCCCGGCCCAACAACUUCAGAACCCGAUCAGGUAUCCUACGUCGGUAGCAGCGAUGCCGGCGAGGAGGAAUACGGCUAUCACCAAGACCACCCUCAGCCAGGACAGAGCUACGGAUACCCUGCCCCUCUCUCCGAGGCAAGUGACGAGUACGACAACCAAGGUGAACACCAACAAUAUGUCACCGAUGGCGCGUAUACAACAGCAACCACCUCCGCGCCUGUCCAUGCUCCUUACCCCCCUCCAACAGCCGACUACUCCGGUUCAGACUGGGGCUCAAACUCGGGCUGGGAAUCCGUCACCCCUCGCCAUCGCCACCCUACACGGUUAAGUGAUGUUCUUGAAGAAGAUGAGCCUAGUCGCACAUCUCCCAGUCGUGCGAGCCAAGCGAGCCGAAGCAUGCACUGA